UACAACGCAAAAACUUCUUCAUUGCUUAAAGAGUUGAUGGUCUGUCAGAUCAGAUUACAGAAGGUUGGUGACCUUCGGAUACAGAGGCUGUGAUUUCAUUUCUGCAGAAGUCGACGAACUGGAGGACACUAGUUGAUCACAGGCAGGAUUGCGGUCUUUGAUGUAGCCAAAGAAGCAGUCUCGGUGGUAUGAGAGGGCUUCCAUUAGUCUGUCAGUGAAAGCUCGCUCUUUCCCGGGACGGUCGGGAUCAGAUUCAGCUGUCAGCUGGUGUCACUAUCUGUCUCUAAACAUGGCAACAGAUCUGGCCUUAGUAACUGUUCUUAUUCAGCUUCUACUUGAUAUGGUGAUGAGUGACUACAUCGACUUCUACAACCUCAUGCCUGCUGUAGAGACGACUCCAUACCCCGAGAGUUUCAAGUGCUUUACAUGUGAACAAGCCACAGACAACUACAGCUGUAAUCGCUGGGCAGAGGAUGUGUGGUGCCCUCAGAAUACCCAAUACUGUAUGACAAUACAUCGCUUCAAUCAUAAUGGGAAGACUAAGUCUGUUACCAAAAGAUGUGCAGCGCUUGAAGAAUGCCGGUUAGCAGGCUGCAGACAUCACAAAAACCCACAUCACCUGGAGUGUGUGUCUUGUUGUGAAGGGAUGGUUUGUAAUGUCGAUCUGCCAACCAAUCACACUAAUGCAGUGUUUGCUCAGAGACGAACCCACAGCUCAGCGGCACCUAAAUUCAAGACACGGGACACUGUGUUCCUGCUUAUCACAGUUCUGACUGGACUUUUUCCUUUAUGAUCCUCAAUCAUGAUCGGUGAUGAAUGGCGCAACAGAAAAUGACUUAUCUCCACUUGAGAUGGCUUACAGUCUAAAAUAUAGUUGCUGUUUCAAUGUUUUCAGCUUCUUCAGCAUCUGUUUGGCCUUCAGACGUCUUCAAAGGAAAUGGAAGGAGACUCUCAGUUAACCAAUGGUGGAAGUGUUUUGUACAGCUUUGUCCAAUCAGAUCUGAAUGAGCAAGAUCUUUUAAUCCAAUUCAAGUGCUGCUUGUGACAACUGGUUACUAAUUACGCGCUAAAUAGGACAGAAAAACAGACGCGGCAUUUAGCCUCAAUGAAAGUGAAUGUUAAUACUGAUACUUCACUGGAUUUGUUUUGAACAAACUGAGCCUGAAACUGAGCAUUGAAAGUCUCUGUAUGGGGAGGACGGUUUGCUUGAUGGCUCCGAUCCCAGAUUCUGUCAUACAAUCCAAUGUGAGGACGCGGAAUGUAUUGUUCCCUCGAAACAAUGCGGAAGUCUCUGAAAGAGAUCUUGAUUGUUACAUAUGUAAAUAUAUCACUGCUUUAAGAGCAUGGACGAGGAUAAAACGCAGAAAAGCACUAGAAAAUAAUAAAUGCACUGAGUAAUAAAUGAA